ACUUUCUCCGUGUUUGCUACCGAAGUGCUGCCAAAAUCGUUACAAUAUUUGUGUGAGUGACUUGUGUGACAUAUUUUUUACUUGAAAACUCGUUCUGCACUAUCGAAAUCAGGUCACUUAUGAACUUUUGUGAUUCAAGUUCUAGUGGUGAAUUUUAUUCUCCUCUCACCCUUUUUGAUUUAGAUUUAAGUCCUCUUAAAGAGGUUAAGUUAAAGUUACGAGAUUGAGGAUAUGUCUUCUAAGGAAACAUUAAGCAUUGGGGGGAGUGAGGAAGUAAGGAUGUUGGAGUACAGUGAUGUAAGUGUUAAGGGUGUGUUGUCUGGGUCUGAGCGUACAGAGGGAGGGGUAGGUAAGAAUGAAGUUGUUGAGGUUGGGGUAGAAGAGGUGCCUGCUAAUAUAUUGGAAGUGGGAGAUAGGAGUGAUAAGUUUUACGAUAGCGGGGUAAACAUUGUGUCUGAGGCCUACUGGAGUGAAAGAAAGGGCAUGCUCUGCACCCCAAGAUCACUAGAUGCCAGUAAGGCUAAAAAGGCCAACCAGAAUAAGUAUAGUUUAAAUAGUGAUGAGGAGGAAGAAGUAGAGAAGCUGGUGAACGAGGAAGGUGACAUAAUAGAUAUUAUGUUUCUCACCAGCUCGGAUGUUAUAGAAGCAGCUGAGCUUUAUGGGUCGAGCUCAAUGAGCGAAGUUGAAAUGGACAAAUUUCUUGGUGCUACUGGUAGGGUGGCUAUUCCCAAGAAGCCAAGGAAGAAGUCCAGACUUUGGAGAAGGUUGCAAGUGGGAAGGGAGAUAGGAACACGAAAAAAGGCUCAGAAGAAAAAGAGGAGAGUGGAGGACGAGGUUAGGGGGGACAAGGUAGUGGAAUUCGUACCUCGACCUGCGCCUGUUGAGCUUGGUCCGAACCUCAGAGAGAACGAGGUCCUUACCCCUAACAAGGGUAAAGCAUUUGUUCCCACACCUUCUCUCCAAAGCAGCAUUUUUGGGAACAAAAACUUCACCGUGGCGAAGAGUUUCAUGAACGCUUAUGCUCCUGAGAUGGAUCGUCGUAAAGCGAGGGAGGAAGCCUUGGUACAUGAAGGGACCUCAGUUGUGAGGCAUUCUCUGGAAACUGCAACUUGGGUUAAUGCGCUAGCCCAAGAAUUCAUGGAGCUGGUGAAGGAGCGCAACAGUUUGCAGAAGGAAAGGGAUGAGCUGUUGAAGAAGAACGGGAAAAUGAAGAGGGAACUGGAUAUCAUGGUACCAAUAGUGACAAGCUUACAAGAGGAGGGAGACACAUUGAAGACGAUUCUCUCAUUCGUAGAGAAGAAAAGGAGAAUGUGCAAAGAAGAGAAUGAAGCACAAAAGGAGGAAAUAAGAAAGAUGAGAGAAUCCGAGGUGGAACUCAAAAAGAAUAUCCAAUUGCUGGUCCACAACGGGAUGGAGGAGCAUAUCAGCAACUUUAUCAACUCUAGCUCGUUUGACAACAUCGUCAAUCUCUACCGGCUGUUGAUUGCAAUCCUCACCUUCACUAAUUGUAGAAAGAAGGUUAAAAUUGAGUAUCCCGAAGUGGAUAUUACCAAGAUCACCUUCGGCGAACAAAAGGAAGGGGUGGAAGAGAACGACGAAAGCAUGUCAGUAGAUUUUCAACCUCAGGAUAAGCUGAGGUGGGAUCAUGAUGAAGAAGGACGUGCCGUUUUUCCUCCUAACUUCGACUUCAAGUUCAUAGCAGUGGAGGAAGGAGAAGGAGAAGCAAAAGGGGUUGAAGUUGAGGAAAGUCAACCAUCUCCUCCCAUGGAGGUGCAUCUAAUUCCCUCUAAAGAAGAGCAGCCACCUCUUCCAUCAGAGCAGGAGCCACCCCAACCACCUCCUCCAGCGAAAUAGUUUAGGGAUUUUUUAUUUUUUUGAUUUAUGUAUUUAGGAUUUGAACAAUGAUUAGUGUGCACAUUUUUUGAUUAAUUUAAGGAAAAAAUUUUUAAAUUAGUU